UGCAAAAUUACUCAUUUUUACAUACCAUGUAUGACUGACAAAUGAGUUAACUCUAAUAUAUUUUUCCAUGGAGAAAAUAAUAUGUUAAUGUGAUCGUUUCUUAAUAAACUUCGGAUAACGCUCCAUUUUGGAGGAAAGAAAAACGGUGCUCGUGAGCAACGGAAGAGCCCAGAGGAAGAUUUUGUACCGACGCUGAAGGUACACACGAGGAAGUCCUAAUGCUGAAAGGAACCCUAUCACCGUACUUAGACACUCAUGAUGAAGAAGAGUCGUCUUAUGUAACCCUCAGCAAUGGGCCAUACGUAUAUGUAGCCGAGUCCGCUAACACAGAACCCAAAAACAAUCACGUCCUCAUAGAUGUAUAUUUUUUAACCCCUAUCCUUUGUAAGCAUUGUGAAGAUUAUGUUUGGGGCACUGGAAAAGUGGGGGUCAAGUGUAAAGGUGCAACCACGCAAAGGACAGACAUACGAAGGAUCAAAAAUUUUCAAACCGUCUAUAGACACCCAACAGCAGUGAAAGGGUUAGAAUAGCAAGAAAUCUGAAAUUCGUUAUUUCCACGGAUUUCAUCGAUCUACCGUUUAAAGAGCCACGUUAAUCCGUCUCCAUUCAACGUCUGCCGACACGUAUCUACGAAACAGCGAAAAAAAAGGCACGACACA